GUGAUCAGUAUAAAAGCGGUGUAGUCCUUCCGUCGUUCUCAUUGAGCGCCGUCCGUUCGGAGGAUUCCAGGCUUUGAGCAGCAGCGAUCAUGGCUGAAGCAGACAGACCUGGCAAGCUCUUUAUCGGCGGCCUUAAUACUGAAACAAAUGAGAAGGCACUUGAGCAGUAUUUCGGCAAAUACGGGAGAAUUGUAGAAGUGCUGUUGAUGAAAGACCGUGAAACGAACAAAUCAAGAGGCUUUGCCUUUGUGACAUUUGAAAGACCAGCUGAUGCCAAGGAUGCGGUGAGGGAAAUGAAUGGAAAGUCUCUUGAUGGUAAACCAAUUAAAGUGGAACAAGCAACAAAGCCUCAAUUUGAAACUGGAGGGCGCCGAGGACCACUGACUCUGCGUGGCCGUGGCUCGCCUCGAGGCAUGCGUGGAUCCAGAGGGAUGAGUGGAAUGAGAGGCCCACCAGCUAGAGACCCCUUUUUCAAGGACAUGUCAUCCAGAGGCCCACCACCUUUGAAGAGAGGUCCCCCAAUUCACAAUGGAGGGCCACCACCCAAGAGAUCAGCACUUUCAGAACCAAUGGGCCGACCUCCUAUGUCUCGAGAGAGGGAUCCUUAUGGUCCACCUCCUCGCAGAGAUGGCAUGAUGUCCAGGAGAGAUGAUUAUCCAUCCCCACGUGAUGAGCAUUAUAGCUCAAAAGACAGCUACUCCAGCAGAGAUUACAUGAGCUCUAGAGACAGAGAUUAUGCCCCACCCUCCCGGGACUAUCCUUACCGCGAGUAUCCCCACUCAAGUUCCCGUGACGAUUAUGGGUCAAUGUCACGGAGCUAUAGUGACCGUGACAGCUAUGGCAGAAGCCGAGAGCCCAGAGGUUACAUGGACCGCCCCACCACCAAUUCCUAUCGAGAACCCUAUGAUGGUUACGGUAACUCACGAAGUGGCCCACCUUCAAGGGGCCCUCCGCCCUCCUACGGUGGAAGUCGCUAUGACGACUAUGGCAGCAGUUCCAGAGAUGGGUAUGCCGGUCGAGACAAUUACCCCAACAGUCGCAGUGAUCCGUACCCCCCUAGCCGCGGCGAGCGAAUGGGCAGGCAGGAACGGGGGCCAGCCCCACCAAUUGAGCGAGGCUACCCUCCUCGUGAUGCGUUCAGCAGCUCAAGCCGUGGAGGGCUUCGAGGUGGCGGACGCGGAGGCAGUCGGAUGGAUAGAGGAAUUGCCCGCAGCAGAUAUUGACUGAACUUGAAAAUGGACAGAGGUGGUUUUCUAAAUGGAGUUCUUAUGAAUUUUCCUUUCAAGGAGAUGGAAGCGGAAGGUCAACACGAGGACAAAUGCUCUCGCCCUACUUCGUAUCUUCAAACCAUCAAUGUGUUCCUUUGAAGAUGCUGAGUGUUAAUUGUUUUUUUUGUUUUUUUUUUUUUUUGGUUUAGUGUCCUGGCCACCUACCCCUCUAGUGUUGUAGUCAUUUUAAGUGACUUUGUAACUAGUGCUGUUACACUUGCUGAAAUUCCCUGGAAUAACAUGCCUUUUCAUUUAUUAAUAAAGUUUUUAUCAAAAGUGUGAUAAGAACUGGUAGAUGUUCAGAAAGAGAUCAUAAUGUCAUUUACCUGCAUUUGCCUUUGAAAUUUUCUCUGCUGUUCAGAUCGUAAACACUGCCAGUUCCAUUGGACCUUUUUAAAGAAAUUAAUCAGCUAAAGUUGAUUCAGUCCAGUUGUGGUUUUACUGAAGAGAAAAGGCAAAUGUCAUAUUUGCCAGAUUCUUUUAUUGUUGGUGUGUGGUAAUGGAGCCCCAACCAAAGCCUAAUCUUGGCUUCCACCGACCUAACCAAAGAACCUGACAACCAAACCAAGUGAAUCUUUUCCACCGUCCGCUGAUUAAAAACAAGUUACCUGUCAACAGAUGGUAAGCAAAGAGAACCCUUUUUUUCUAUGGGGGAUAUGAAAUUUGACAUAACCUUCUCGACGAAUGUGCACGUAUAAAGUAUAACGUCAGUAUUCAGAAUCGUCUCCACUUGCAGCUUUUUUUUGUUUGAAACAAAUGCAGUUCUGCAAUUUAUAGACUAAGACCUUGGCAAUCGGUAGUGUUCUGUAAAAUUCAACCUCUAUGGCGAUUCUCAAUGGAUUUACCGUUACUGUAGUACAAAAAGGUUCCUUAAGAUUUUGCAAAAGUCAAACUUAAGCCAGCAUGUCCAGAUCUAUACAAGGAGAUCAAACUGGAGACACCCCAGUAGAGGACUGCAAACUGCAACAUAAACUGGAAAAGGAAAUUUGGAUCAUAGCCUGGAACAAGAAAGAACAGGAAGUUUUUAUUUUAUUUUAAAUUAUUGAUCUUUACAUGUAUAGAAAUGCUUGCUGCUUAACUGUUUUUCUGUUUUCAGGGUAAGGUGAUUUUUCAGUCAGUAAUGGAUGAGUAACACUUCAUUCCACCACCUGGACACCUACAUGACAAGCCCAUGAUUUC